CCUUCGGCCGCAGCUACCAUCCUCCAUCUCUGUCCUGUCCUUCACCUUAUCUUCGUUCUUUUGGCUUGACGCCGUUCGUGCUUCACUUUGCAGCAGCCCAUUCAUAUCACUAGCUAGCAUAAUUGGAUCUAUGGAGCCGGAGUCUGCACAGACCAUCGAGGCCGUUAACACGGUGACCAUAUCCGACUUCUGGGACCCGCUGUACGACUCUUUUGAUGUUGAUCUUCUCAUGAAAGUUUUGUCGCAUACUGCGUUCAGUCCCUUCUUCACCUUCUUCAUCCCGCUGUUUUACUACUUCCAGGGAUCUCGCUGGCCCGCGCCCAUCCUCGUCUUCUCCACUUUCUGGGUCGUGGCCAUCUCCUCCUUCUGGUUCCUGAAAUGGUACUCGCGUCUGUACCGGAACCAGGGCAACUUGCUCUUCGGACCCCCUCGCCUGGAUUGGGGUGACCAGCUUGUGGUCAUCACCGGAGGAUCCUCAGGAGUUGGAGAGCUUGUUGCGAAUACUCUCGCCGUGCGCAAUGUCACUGUGGUGGUGUUGGACGUCAACCCGAUUGUCACGGAAAACUACAACAUCACAUACUACAAAUGCGACGUCUCCAAAUGGGAGGAGGUCGAGCGCGUGGCUAAGCAGAUCGUAGACGAUCUGGGUCAUCCGACUAUGCUCGUUAACAAUGCGGGCGUCGUGCAAGGUAAAACACUGUUGGACCUGAGCCCUGAAGAUAUCCAACAGACAAUCUCCGUGAAUACGCUCGCGCACUUCUGGACUCUGAAGGCCUUCCUCCCAGAGAUGAUCAAACAAAAGUCGGGUCACAUUGUCAACGUUUCGUCCGUUUCUGGCAUGGUUGGCAUGGCACGUCUGACGGACUACGGUGCAUCCAAGGCUGCGCUCAUCAACCUGCACGAGUCUCUGCGGUAUGAGCUGGACCACGUCUACAAUGCGCCCAGCGUCCGCACUACGCUCGUGAUUGCAGGCCACAUCAUGACACCCCUCUUCUCGGCCGUGCGCCACCCCGCAAACCUCUUCUACAAGUUCUUCUUCCCUAGCCUUGUGCCGAUCGACGUCGCGAAGGCGAUCAUCGCCGCCCUGGACGAACAACACUCGCGCGUGCUCUACAUGCCGUUCUACGCGCACUUCGUGCCAUACCUCCAUGUCUUCCCGAGCUACCUGCGGGACUUGGCGCAAUGGGCAAGUCUUCACAUCACUGGUUGCGACUAUGCGUUGGAAGACUUCGUCAAGGUGUCUGGCAGGAGGCCAGAGGAGGGUCCCGCGCCUCCCGUGCCCCAGCCUCGCGACAAAAGCGCGUGAUCUUCGUAUGGUCUGGGGAGAGUUGUCCUAGAAGUUGUCUUGAAGUAUCGGGUCAGUGCUUGAGUAGGUGCUACGAUAUCGACGUAAUUUAUUUUAUUAUCCCUCCGAGCUCUUUCC